AUGAUUCCCAAUUGGGACAGCUUGAGUGCGAAGAAUGAGGCUUUAAUGGCAGUUUAUGUGGCGGAUGCCUAUUUUGAACUAGAGAAGUACUCUUUAAGUCUGCUGAGCUAUUUUCGAGCCCUGCAACUGUACCCUGAAGUAUCACGCUCUAUUCAUAACAAGCACUUCUCUGAUACUGAAGUUAGAUUUCGAUAUCACAAGUGUUUGGUGAAAGAAAAGAAGUACGAAGAAGCACUGGCUGUUUUGGCGAAAAUACCUGGUCAUCAAUACAUUCCUAAAGUACGCUAUGCAAUGGCAAAACUUUUGGCUGGAAAAGAUCACAAGGGAGUAAACAUGUCAAUUUUAUACCUUCAAGAUGUUUUCACAAACUGCAAUAGCGCGUUUGGUUGUCUGGCUGCUGUUCUUAGGAGUGGCGCUUCCAUUGCAGCGAACGUGGAUAUCGAUGCAAUUUCGGAAGGGCUAGAAGGUUCUGGUGCUGCUAAUCUAACGACUUGGCUUGAGGCGCAGAAACUUCUUGGUGCUGGGCAAACUGAACAGGCUCUUAAGGUCAUGUCGCUCUUGGGAACUAAUAAUCCGAAAAUCCUCACCGAGAUGGGUUUAGUGUACAAUAGCUUGGGCAUGCGUCAUGAAGCUCGUUCCGAGCUGGCCAAAGCUCAUUCGCUUGACAGCGAGCAGCACUAUGCCAUGGAUACGUUAGCUCUGUUGUUUGCACAGAAUACACCUCCCAUGGCUAAGGAGCUAGAAUCAUUGGCUACUCAGUUGAUGAACUCAGAUGAGAACACUGUGGAAGCAUGGAUUGCUUUCGGACAUUGUGCACGAUGCCAAGGGAAGCUCAAAACGGCAUUGUAUUUCGCUCAUAAAGCAUGUAACAAGACUACGCUAGGUGAUAAACCAAAAUCUGAAGCCAUGAUGUUGAAAGCACUUGUGCUCCUUGAUCUUGAGAAGUUUGAUGACGCAAUGCGUCAUUUGAGUGCAGCCAUCAAACGGGACCUCAAAAACAUUGAUCUGUACGAAUUGCAGAUAGUCACUUACCUACAGCGAGAAAAAAUCCGCGAAGCUCGCGCAGCGGUGGCCAUUUGUAUGCAGAAUCUUCCAAAUUCACCUCGAGCACGAGUUCUCAAGGCGCAAGUGUUACUUGCCACUCCAAGUGGAAAGGAGGAAGCACAAACAAUCUUAGAAGAGGUGGUGUUCGCUCACCCAUAUCUUCUCGAAGCAGUGUGGUUACUCAUAAGUCAGUAUGACAGUACCCACAAUUAUCAAAAAGGCACAGAAGUGUUGAAAAAAUUAACUGAGAAUUCUAUGGUUCCUUUUCAUUCAAUGGGUCGGUUGCACCAUCAACUUGGAGAAUUUUUGUCAAAAACGGGGAUGCCAGCGGCAGCAUAUCAUCAUACCAAUCUCGCGCUCACGAAACAGUGCGAAGAGGCUGCAGUCCAGAUGACACAUUUGGAACCGACGUUGUCGUUCCAUACCCCUCCCAUGCCAACUACUCCUACUUGUGCCCCAUCCGAGUGUCCUGGAGCCCCUCGUAUCCGCGGGAGACAUCGACAUGCGACUCCUGGAUCAGCGGCAACCUCUGUGGCUGGUGACUCUGAGGGACGUGGUGUGAGAUUGUUUUCGUUUGAUUCCCCAGUGGAUGAUACUGGUGCAGAAGCGAUGGAUGUUCCUUCAGAAUAA